CCCCCCCAUUUUUGUUAGUCUUGUGUGUCUUAUUUGUUUCUGCAUGAGAAGAGUGGGGAUUGGAAGAGUCCUGUGCGGAAACUCUCCAGCGGCGGCUGAGGGAGGAGGUGGAGGUGGAGGAGGAGGAGGAGGAGGGCGGCUGAAGAGACGGCGGCAACACCAGCAUGCCGAGGAGAAAGCAGCAAGCUCCCCGGCGCUCUGCAGCUUAUGUUCCUGAAGAAGAACUGAAAGCAGCAGAAAUUGAUGAAGAAAGUGGGGAGGAUGAUGGGCUAUCUCUGGACAUCCAAGAAACUGAGUACAUGUGCCAAGAUGAAACAGAGAUCAAAGAGGCUCAGAGUUACCAGAAUUCUCCAGUCAGCACAGCAACAAAUCAAGAUGCAGGUUAUGGUUCACCAUUCAGUGAAAACAGUGAUCAACUGGCUCAUUUCAAAAGCUCUUCCUCUAAAGAAGAGAAAGAAGAUCACAAGUGCUUGGACAAUGCUUCCUAUCCACAGGACAGCUUAGCACAGAUAAAAGCCGUGUAUGCAAAUUUACUGUCAGAAUCUUGUUGGUCUGGUUUAGCUUUAGAUUUAAAAAAAUCAAAGAAUAAUGAAGACAGCCCGAAAGAAAGCACCACUAACAGCACCACUAGUAACAGUACCCCAAAUACAAGUGCCAGCACCAGUACCAACACUACUACCACUACAAGCAUCAGUAGUACUAGUAACAGUAGCAGUGGCAGUUCAGGUUAUGACUGGCAUCAAGCGGCUUUGGCCAAAACUCUGCAACAGACCUCAUAUGGACUUCUACCAGAACCCAGUCUGUUCAGCACAGUGCAACUUUACCGGCAAAACAAUAAACUGUAUGGUUCUGUGUUCACUGGUGCCAGUAAAUUCCGAUGCAAAGACUGUAGUGCAGCGUAUGAUACACUGGUAGAGCUUACAGUGCACAUGAAUGAAACUGGACAUUACCGGGAUGACAACCAAGAUAAAGAAUCUGAAAAAGCCAGACGGUGGUCGAAGCCCAGAAAGCGAUCACUUAUGGAAAUGGAAGGCAAAGAGGAUGCCCAGAAAGUACUAAAAUGCAUGUACUGUGGUCAUUCAUUUGAAUCUUUACAAGACUUAAGUGUCCAUAUGAUAAAAACAAAGCAUUACCAGAAAGUGCCUCUGAAGGAACCAGUACCAGCCAUCACCAAACUGGUGCCUUCUACCAAAAAACGAGCACUUCAGGACUUGGCUUCACCUUGCUCCCCUGAGCCAACAGCAAUCACUUCAGAGACUACACUUAGUGAAGCAGGAAAGGAUCAGAAAACUGCCAAUCCAUAUGUAACUCCCAAUAAUCGCUACGGCUAUCAAAAUGGUGCUAGCUACACUUGGCAGUUUGAGGCCCGCAAAGCUCAGAUACUAAAAUGCAUGGAGUGUGGCAGUUCCCAUGACACUUUGCAGCAGCUGACUGCUCACAUGAUGGUCACAGGACAUUUUUUGAAAGUAACUAAUUCAGCCUCUAAGAAAGGAAAACAGCUAGUACUGGACUCGGUAGUUGAAGAAAAGAUACAAUCCAUACCUUUGCCACCUACCACUCAUACAAGAUUACCAGCUACAAAUAUUAAAAAGCAACCGGAUUCUCCUGCUGGAUCUACAACUUCUGAAGAAAAGAAGGAGCCAGAAAAAGAACAGGUGAUUGUUACUGAAACAGACAAAAAAAUUAAAGAAGAAAACGAGGACUCUUCAGAAAAAUUUGAGCCAACAGCUGUCUAUCAGUACCUCCGAGAAGAGGAUCUAGAUGAAAGUCCAAAAGGUGGAAUCGACAUAUUGAAAUCUCUGGAGAACACAGUGACCACAGCUAUAAGCAAAGCUCAAAAUGGAGCACCUUCCUGGGGAGGCUACCCUAGCAUUCAUGCAGCUUAUCAGCUUCCAGGAACCGUUAAAUCCCUUCAGCCAACUGUGCAGAGUGUUCAGAUUCAGCCAUCGUAUGCUAGCAAUGUAAAAUCAUUGUCUUCAGAACACAAUGCGCUGAUCCAUUCCCCAGGCAAUCUGACACCCCCUCCUCAUAAAAGUAAUGUCUCUGCCAUGGAAGAGCUAGUAGAGAAGGUCACGGGCAAAAUCCAUAUUAAAAAAGAAGAAAAGCCUUCAGAGAAAGAAAAAUGUUCUCCAGUCAAGCCAUUGUCCCCUGUUCCUAAGGAAAGCAAAGACUUUCCAAAAUCAGAGGAAAGCAACAAGCAACAACAACUACAUCAGCAUCCACUACAGCAAAAACAAAGUCCUGAAGCUGAGGUUCAGAAGGUCAAAAAGGAUGUUCUAGCCGACCCACAUGCACUUAAUGGCACUGAACCACCUAAAGCAAAAGUCACCAAUGGCUGUAAUAACUUGGGUAUCAUUACAGACCAUUCACCAGAGCAAUCAUUCAUUAACCCACUGAGUGCUUUGCAGUCCAUCAUGAAUACCCACUUAGGCAAAGUCUCUAAUCCUGUAAGUCCUUCUUUGGAUCCUUUGGCCAUGUUAUAUAAAAUUAGUAACAGCAUGUUGGACAAACCCAUUUACCCUACAACUCCAGCCAAGCAAGCUGAGCCUAUUGACCGGUACUAUUACGAGAACAGCGAUCAGCCUAUUGAUUUAACAAAAUCCAAAACCAAACCACUGAUUUCCAGUAUGACUGAUUCUGUCUCAUCUCCUCUAAGAGAAAGUGCCCUAAUGGAUAUUUCUGACAUGGUAAAGAACCUCACAGGACGCUUGACUCCCAAAUCUUCUACUCCAUCUUCUGUGUCAGAAAAAUCGGACGCAGAUGGAAGUAGCUUUGAAGAAGCUUUGGAUGAACUGUCUCCAGUACACAAGAGGAAGGGUAGGCAGUCAAACUGGAACCCUCAGCAUCUUCUCAUCCUUCAAGCCCAGUUUGCUUCCAGUUUGAGGGAGACACCGGAAGGCAAAUAUAUUAUGUCGGACCUAGGCCCACAAGAACGGGUUCAUAUCUCGAAGUUUACUGGUCUUUCCAUGACCACAAUUAGCCACUGGCUGGCAAAUGUGAAGUAUCAGUUAAGGAGGACAGGUGGAACUAAGUUUUUAAAGAAUUUGGAUACAGGUCAUCCUGUUUUCUUUUGCAAUGAUUGUGCCUCUCAAUUCAGGACUGCUUCCACGUAUAUAAGUCACUUGGAGACACAUUUAGGGUUCAGUUUGAAGGAUCUGUCCAAAUUGCCACUUAAUCAGAUACAAGAACAGCAGAAUGUUUCCAAGGUUCUCUCAAAUAAGACUUUAGGCUCACUUGGAAUUGCCGAGGAGGACUCGGGCUCCACAUUCCAGUGUAAGCUCUGUAAUCGAACUUUUGCAAGCAAGCAUGCAGUCAAACUGCACCUUAGUAAAACACAUGGGAAGUCCCCUGAGGACCAUCUGAUCUAUGUAACUGAGUUAGAAAAACAUUAGCGUCCAGGUAAGCAACCAGGUAUGCAAGUGACCACAGGAACAUUGCACUAAACUUCAUAGUACUGCACUAGGCCUGAUCUGAGCCUCUGAAAUCAGUCUUACUUUUGUUGCUGAACUGCCUAUCUGGAGCUUGGUUUUUCUUACAUACGUUUUGUAGUUAUAUUUAUAUGCUCUUUGUCUGAUCUGUGCAUGUUUUUAAAACCUUUUUUUCCCUUUCCUCCCCCCCCUUUCUUUUUCUGUGAGUCAAAGUCUGACCUUUAUUUUCAACACAUGUCCUUGAUGUUAAGCUAUCUUUUGUAGACUAUAGUGGGAGACACUAUUGAGAGACAUUAAUUUAGCCGUAAAGAAAGACACAAAGAACAAUAACAAAAAGACAUUCUAAAAUUACAAAGUUGCCAUGACAAUAAAGGUCACAGAACCCUGUGGUGUCAGUUUUUAACCCUCUGAGGACUAUAAUAGUAUUCUGUGCCUUUCCCAAAAGAAGGUGUGUGUGUUUUUUUAAAAAAGGCAUUUCAUCCUAAUAUAACUGGGUCAAAUUCACUUACAUUUAAUAGUUUUUUUUCAAAUGUCAAAAAGCCUCCCCCCCUCAAAAAGCGCAGUUCUGAUUUGCAAAGAAAAGAUGCAUGCCAUUCUUGAAUAAUUAUUAAAAGUGAUCAAAUGCUCAAAGACAUGACCCAUGUUUUAAAAAAUAAAAUCACAAACCAGUUUGCCACUAUGCCCAAACCCUCUGAAUGCUGAAUAUUGCCACUUGACUGGCAUAAAAAGUAUGCAAGUUAUUUUAAAAAAUGUAAAAAUGUUAUUUCUUUUUUCUGUAAGAUACUGCAGUUUAUAGUUAUUUACAAAUGUAAGCUUUGGUACAGGCUGAUCUUUAUAGUGUGCUGCAUUGGUACAUUAAAAUGAAACAAAACAACAACAAAAAUGGGGCAAGUGUUGGAUUCUGAUCCUUGUAAAUUGCCAGCAUCAGCUUAGGUUAAAAAAAAACCAGUACAUGUUGCAUAUUGUACCAUUUUAAAUUGUUCAACUUCCUUUGUACCUUCUGGCUGUAUGCUUUCUCUCUUAACUUUUUAUAUUGUCAUUUUAUAUUCAAUUUCUGUGUAUAUAAUGUAAAAACACACUUUUUUGAAUAAAAUUGAGUUCCUUGCAGCUUGAGUUAAAUAGAGAAAUUUUACUGGCACCUGCAUCUUCCCAGAUGCAUGUACUCAAAGGAGCUAUCUGACAAAAUAAAUAAAUAAAAAUAAAGCAAACAAUGCACUAUGAAUUAUACAUUUUGAUGUUUUAUCAUUAAUAUUGUACAGUACCUUUUUGGUUCACGCAAUGAAAUCCACUGUUUUCUCAAUUGUAAAAUAAACCCACAUGCAGUUCUUGAUUUGUG